AUGCAGUCAAGUGUUUCUGAAUAUCCACUUCAUUGUGCCUCCCAAUCUGGUAAUCUUGAUUUUGUCAAAUAUUUUAUAUCUAUUGGAAAUGACAUCGAAGCAAAGCAAUGGGACGGAUCCACUCCUCUGCUUGAAGCAAUAAAGAGUAACAGACUUGAAGUUGUUAAAUAUCUUAUCUCUAUUGGAGCUGACAUAAAAGUAAAGGAUAAAGAUGGAAAUACUCCACUCAUUCUUGCAUCAGAAAAUGGUCAUCUUGAAGUUGUGAAAUAUCUUAUCUCUAUUGGAGCUAAUAAAGAAGCUAAGGAUAAAUUUGGAAAUACUCCACUUAUUUCUGCGUCAAGAUAUUGUAAACUUGAAGUUGUUAAAUAUCUAACCUCUGUAGGGGCUAAUAUUGAAGCAAAGGAUAACAAUGGAACUACUCCACUCAUUCAUGCAUCAUUAAGACAUGAAUGUGAUAUUGCCAGAUUCCUUAUAUCUGUCGGAGCCAAUAAAAAUGCAAUAGAUAAUGAUGGAAGAACAGUAUCUGAAUACAUGAAAUCAAUCGAUACAAGCGAUUAA